AUGGACCUCUCAUCCCUCGAAGGCCCCCCAAUUCUCGAUCGAGACCCCCAAUCAACGCAUCUCAACGCCCUACCAUCCCUGGGUCUUCCUCCUCGUCCGGCCUCUGCUGACGCGGUGGCUCAUAUGUACACGAGCCAGAUACAACCGCGAUAUCAUCCUCGCCCUCACUCCCAAUAUCAAUCUCAAUCACAGAAUUUGACCCCCCAAUCCUCUCUCCCACCACAUUACAGACGCGCAAGAACACCCAGUCCUACGCCGUUAGCACGGUAUCCGCCCCGCGCCCAGAGUCGGAGUACGUCGUCGCAUCAACUCAUCUGGGUUGAGGCUGAGAAGACCUGGGCUGUUGUUUCGAGGGAGAGGUCAGCCAAUCCCGCAGAGACCGUCUACUUCGACUUCUACAUCGACAUCUACGUCGACGUCGACGUCGAGAUUAUCGGAACAAGACGAGGAGCCAUCCAGAGGACGGACUUCCGGAUCGAGAUGGACAGCGGUGGCGAGAAGGUUAAGAGCUUCGCCGGUUAG